AUGACGCAGUUCCCAAGCCUCGGCGAGCCAAUGUCAAUGCAGACCUGCGACCAGCCGAUGCCAACGAAGCCAAUUGGCCAAUUUUCCCAGCAGAUGGGCGGCACAUUUGGCGUCCAGCAUCAGCCGUUCCAGCAGGCACCCGCAGCUCCCAACAACCCCCAAGGGACUCCCUACUACGCGUACUACCCCCAGACAAACGCCCCGAGCCAGAUGAUGCCCGGAUACGGCCCGACGCUACCCCAAAAUAUAAUCGAGCACCUGCGAGCGUGCGGCCUGCAAUCGGCCUCGCCGAUUUUCAUACUACCCAGCCAGCAGCCGAACCCCAUGGCUACCUGCCAACCGAUCCCUGCUCCCACCUGCAUACCCUACCCGAUGCCCAUGGCCAUAUACCCACCUUGCGGGCAGCCACAGCAGCAAAAGGCCCCGGGCCACGAGUGCAAAUGCUCGAACGGUAGAGACAGGUCGUCCCACUCAACCAACGAGCUAAACGACAGCUGGGAGAAGAGCCACGGGGGUGGAUUCUCGUUGAAAAACGAGGGCAACAGCGACUCGUGGUCGAGACACCAGUGCCAAGAGACCACGGACGGGACCAUGUGCGCGAGAAAAAACUGCCCGGCCACGAUACAGCUGCAAGCCAUGAUCUCGCAGAUGCUCGGGGUCCAGGGUACCGUAAGUGCCGCGGUCACGCGGUUGCUAUUGCGCCAGAUCCCCGGAGCCAACGUCAAGGAGUCCCUCGACGAAGUCAUGGCCGUGGCUACGAGGUGCCUGAAGCAGAUGACCAAGGAGCAACUGUUGCGCGAGUCCAAGAGCUGCCAGCAGCUCAACUCCCUGCUGGGGCUCUUCCUCACGGCCCAGUCGACCCUCGCGCGCGUCAUACCCGUCCUGACGACGGCCCAGCUGAAGACGAACUUGCUGAAGGCGCUGGUCGAGGGUCUGAUCAACGCAAAGAUCGCGGAGAACCAGGGGUGCGGGGCGGAGGCCCCCGAGCAAUUGGACCCGCUGCUGCUCGAGCUCAAGUCGGAUGACGAGGUAAGGGAGUUGUUGGCCACCCUCAGGGAAAAGGAGUGCGAGGAGCGCUGCAACCUGAGCUUCGCGGCCAACAACGCCCAGCGGCUGAUCUCCGAGUCGAGGCUCGCCAACGUCCAGAGGAAGAUCCAACAGCUCGACCGAGAGAUGCGGCGCAGGCGCGACGGUAACGAGUACACGGACUGGAGCCGUAGCGUGGGGGUCUUGCAGCGCCACAGUUCGUCGGUACCUUUGCCCGAGCGCUACGACUCCCCGGAUCCUUUCGUGGCGUAUCGCGUCGCGAGUCCCAAGAGGCUGAUCCUCAAGCCCCACGUUGGUAGUCCGGAGACGACUUACCGAAAGCCCGACGAGUCUGCGACGGUGUGUUCGAAGCAGCGGGUCGGAGAAGCUGCAGCGAGUGGCAAUAAGGAGAGCGGGGCUGGGGAGGACUCGGGAGAGGCGAAUGAGUCAGAGUGCCAGUGUCGGAUGCGGGACUGCGAGGAAGUUGCCAAAGGUCCGGGUGGACCAGAUUCGGCUGAUAAUGCGGAUAUGACUGACGUGGAGGAGUACGAGGAUGGUAGCAAUGAUAAAUGA